UUCUCCGGGACUCCCCUGCUGAACACGACGGUCGGUAGCCCGUUGUUGUGCCUCCGCCUGUGCGGUGACAUGGGCGGCUGUCUCGGCUUCAGCUACAACGGAGGCGCGUGUCAACCGAUGGGUGUCUUGACGACUCUCGUGGCGGCUUCGGGUUGGACCUCCUACGCCAUCACCCAGCAAAUCAGCCCUCAGCUUCUGAAUCCUUGUGCAAGCAGCCCAUGCCCACCCACCAAAGUGUGCGUGAAGUACUCGCCUCCAGCCAAUGUGCCCUUCCAUCCAGAGGCGGCACUUAACUUCUCGAUGUCUGGCUUUGUCUGCACCAAUGCUACGAGCUUACUUGAUCAGCGCAAUCAAAACAAGAGCUGCAAACUCGUUGCUCAUUGGUACACGGACUUGCAAUAUUUCGACAUUGGUGUACCGGAAUACCUGUCCAUUUCCGAGGCCUUCGAUCGCUGCUCCCUCCUGAACUGCGUGUCGUUUGUUGGGGUCUUCUAUGCGAGCGGAACGACCAAAGGGAUCUUCAAGUCCACGGCGCCGCUCAUGGGAGCUGCGUCAAAGCCCUACCCAACGCCACCCACCGUCAUCAGCUGGUUCCCAGAGUGUGCCUGAACCAUGCUCGGUUCUCAAUGACUUCCUGAGCACCAGAAACGUGGUGCACUUGCAGUUUAUUGUGUAGCCUUACUAGCCUGGUGUGUGCUGGAACAACAUAUCCGCCUUUCUGCUUCAG